GAUUUUGUUGCCAGCAGUCAAGCCACCCAAGCUGGAAAACCCUGGCGAGCUACUGUGGUUAACUGUGCCACUGGCGUUGGUGAAAUAUCGGAAUUUAAGCCCGCCAUCGCCGUUUCAAUUUAAGUUUAACUUGCAACGGGGAAUACAUAUCUUACAAGGUUGAGCUGACAGCUGAGCCAAACUGCUGUGACUGGAACAAACUCAGAGGUGGAGCAGCCUGGCCUCCCCAUCCUGAACACCUCCAUGUGGGCAGUGCGACCGGCGGUGGCGGCGUGGAUCCUCAGCCCUGCUCCCCACUGCCCCCUCAGCCCGCCAUGCCCUCGGCCCGCUCCCUCCUAGCCUGUGCUGCGGCUCCGAGCGCUCGCUGGGCCCCCUAAGCAUGUACACAGACUCAGGGGUGUGUGACACCCCCCCAAUGCAACAGCCCUUGCAGCUGCUCAACGGCCACACACCCCCAGUCGACCACGCUGCCGCCGCCACCUCUGGCCAGCCUGGCCGCGUGUCCGUGCCGAAGAUGGGCGUGCGGGUGCGGAUCUUGGAGUGGCCGCCCCGGCGCGAGCAGUCCCACGAGUCCCUGGACAACGGCCAGUGCUCCUACCCGCUUGCUGAUGAGCGUCCCUCGCGCGCCGCCGCCCUGGUUCGCAUGCCGUGGCGGCGGGGCCGGGACGCGGAGUUCGGCGAAACGGUGGCGGUGGGCUUCCGAGGGGGCAUGGCGUCGGCGUCGGCUUUCGCGCCCCUGCGUCAGCGCUCCAGCAGCGAGGUGACCCUCAGCGAGCAGGACGAGGCAGAGGCUCAGAGCCGCGCCGGGCUAAUCCGCGAGUACGGCAGCACCUCCUCCAUCGACGUGCAGGGCAUCCCCGAGCAGAGCUUCCUCCACAUGCUCAGCCACUUCCAGCAGGAGUGCCCUGGCCAGCGCAGUGGCUCUGCAGCCCAGCCGGAGGACACUCCUGACUCUGGCACAACCACCGCCGCCAGGGAGGAGAGGGCAGAGAGCCGCGGGAGGAGGAAGAGCGGCGGCACAGAGUCCUCCCUCGGCACCUCGUCGCUCUUCCGCAAACUCCGCAGCUCAAGCCGCGGGGAGAUCAUAACGGGCCGCGAAGCCGACGACGGCCUACCCGCGGAGCACAGCGGCACCUCCUGGGUCUGCACGAGGAGCUUCGGCCACUACGACGCCCAGAGCAUCCGGUUCGACCUGCUGGAGGCUGGCGCGCAGCGCGGCUUCCAGACCCAGCGGCGGAAUACCGCCACAGGUGCGUCGGCCGCGUCUGUGUCCCUGUCGGCGUCCACUCGCACGCUGGACCUGGGCGGUUUCGAGGGUUCGCCCAGGUUCAGUGGCGCCGACGAAAUGGCGGCUAGAGACUCGGCCUCCCCCGCUGGCCCUGCCGACCCUGGCAGUCCUCUGCUGCUCAGCUGCCCGCACUUCCUCAACGAGACGGGCGGGCACAUAGAGCGCAACCUCAGCUUCCUCGGCUCGUUGGCAGAGCAGCGGGAGGCUGGCGAGGGUGGCGGUGCAGUGGGCAGGCACUGGCUACGCUGCAGUAAUGCCAGUGUGUCAGUACUAGAAGUACCGCCAGACCAGCAAGCUUUACGCCUUGAAAGACUCCGACUUCCCUGCAUCGAGCAUGUGGACCUUGGAGCACGCUAUUACCAUGACCACUUCCUGGGGAAAGAGCACUGCAACUACUUUGGGACGGACGACAAGCUGGGUCCGGUGGCUCUGAGUAUCCGCAGGGAAAAGCUGGAGGACACCAGAGAUCUGAAGGAUCAGUACCAGUACCGCCUCAUAGUCCGCACUUGUGAGCUGGUGACAUUGCGCGGGGCCAUACUGGAGGAUGCCGUGCCCUCCACAGCCAAGCAUGGCACCGUCCGCGGCCUUCCACUGAAGGAAGUGCUGGAGCACGUUGUGCCCGAGCUCAACCUUGCGUGCCUGCGACUGGCCCUCAACACGCCCAAAGUGACCGAACAGCUCCUCAAACUGGACGAGCAGGGGUUGAGUCAGAAGCAUAAGGUGGGCAUCCUGCUGUGCCGGGCGGGGCAAAGCACAGAGGAGGAGAUGUAUAAUAACGAGGAGGCCAGUCCUGCCUUCAGCACCUUCCUGCAGCUGCUGGGGGACCAGGUGCUGCUUAGGGGGUUCACCAAGUACGCCGCCCAGCUCGACACCAAGACCGACUCCACUGGUACUCACUCGGUGUACACUACCUACCAAGGCUAUGAGAUCAUGUUCCACGUGUCUACUAUGCUCCCGUACAUGCCCAACAACCCCCAGCAGCUCCUGAGGAAGAGGCACAUAGGAAAUGACAUCGUGACCAUCAUCUUUCAAGAGCCCGGCGCACAGCCCUUCACUCCGCAGAACAUCCGUUCGCACUUCCAGCAUGUCUUCAUCAUCGUGCGCGUGCACAACCCUUGCUCUGAUAGUACCAGCUACAGUGUGGCUGUAACCCGCAUGAAAGAUGUGCCUCCGUUCGGACCGCCCAUCCCUCCCAGCAAUGUGACCUUCCGUGACCCCGAGGCCUUCCGCAGCUUCCUGCUGGCCAAGGUGAUCAAUGCCGAGAACGCGGCGCACAAGUCGGAGAAGUUCCACACCAUGGCGACGCGGACGCGGCAGGAAUACCUGCGCGACCUGGCCCAGAACUGCGUCAGCAGCACGCCGCUGGACACCUCGGGUAAGCUCAACAACCUCAUCUCGCUGGCGUCCAAGCGGCGUGAGCGGGUGCGGGCACGUGACGGCGCCGAGCAGGACUCCGUGGGGGCGGUCAGCUGGCGUGUGUUGGCGCAGGACUUUGCCGGUGGCGGCUCGGCGGACCUGCCGUGCGCACUGGGCAUCUCCAAGGAGUUCGUGCUGCUGGCCGACCUCGGCACCAAAGAGGUGGUGUUCAACUGCUUCUGCGCCGACAUCAUCGGCUGGAUGCCAGAGAGGCUAGCCCUGAAGAUCUACUUUGGGCGCGGGGACCACGUCUCACUGCGAGUGCCUGAGGGCUGUGCACAGGACAUCCGAGAGGUUGUUCAGAGACUUAAGGCUCUGACGGUGGGCUGUGAGACGACGGACAUGACGCUGCGGCGGAACGGCCUGGGCCAGCUGGGCUUCCACGUACGUGUGGACGGUACUGUGUCCGAGGUGGAGGAGUACGGGUUCGCCUGGCAGGCGGGCCUUCGGCAGGGCAGCCGGCUGGUGGAGAUCUGCAAGGUGGCGGCCGUCACGCUCACGCACGAGCAGAUGAUCGACCUCCUGCGCACGUCUGUCACCGUCAAAGUGCUCAUCAUCCCACCCAACGAAGAAGGCGAGGCGCGCAGGGGGUGCACAGAGGAGUAUGAGAUGAAGGCGUUAGAGCAGAGGGGUGAAGUGGAGCCCCUGGCCGCUGGUUACCCCGCCACCCUUCGCCAGCCUGUCUGGCGCUGGGACCGGCCGCCUGGCACCAGUCCGCUCCCCGUGCUGGACUCCCGCUCGCACAGCUGGACCCCUGUCGUUGCGCCCAUGCCCCUACCUGGACGCCUUCACAAGGCCAUGAUGCCCAUUCCCUACCGAGAGCCUCAGCACCCCUCCAGCAAGAGGCCUGUGAGCUACCCGGAGAACCAUUACAGCAUGUCUCCACCAGUAGGCAGUGACAGGAGCCUGCCCUUCCGAAACCCCUCCACCAGCUUCUCCAGCCCUGGCCCAGGGCCAGGACUCAGCAGGCCCUUUGUGCACUACAAAUCCCCAGACAGGUUUGGCACCCAGCGCAGUCUCAUGUAUGAACCACCUCUGAAUCUAGACAUUUCCAGUGGAGACUCCUCAGGCUUCACAAGUCAGGAAAGCACCAUGGAGAGGGCCAAGAAUGAACCAAUGUGGCAUCUGCCUGCCUACACUCGUGGUGUUUCCGUUGGCGUUGUGAACCAGAGGAAGCCUCGCCGCCAAGAUACACCAGAGAAUCAAUCGCCCAACCGGCAUUCAAAAGGGGAGGUGCAGUACUCCAGCCACUCCAGCAGCAACACCCUGUCCAGCAACGCGUCCAGCAGUCACAGUGACGAGCGAUGGUUUGACGGUUCUGGAGGCAGCGCCGGGGGCAUGGGGGGCCUCGGCGAUCCGUCAGACCCAGACCCCGAGCAGCUCGGCGCCAAGGGCAGCUCCAGCGACAGCGGCAUCGACGCCAGCAUGCUGCACACGCCCAGCGCCCAGGGGGGCAGGGUCAGCCGCGGGCACACUGCCGCCUUCUCCAAGCCCCUGACCGGCUCGGCCACCUACAGUGGGCUGCAGGAGCUUUCGGGGGCCGUCAGUUUGGGGGAGAUGAACAGGAGGGACUCGUCUCCCGGCAUCCCGACCAAGAGCUACCGCACACGUACAGUCACAGCACCCGGGGGAGCCAGCAGCAAUGACUGCUUCAAACCCAGGGCCUACACCCCACAGAGGUAUAAGACCCCCACAGCAGAGAAAUCCCAGCCCUUCAGACCCUCCACUGCCACAGGCACUCUAGGCACAGCCCAGUCCUCACCCAAGGCCUUAUACGGGAAACCCAGUAAGGCUGCAUGGCAGCAGGAAGGCCCCAGCACAGUGGCCAGUACCACUGGAACCAGCGGUUCCGACAGCAGCAGCAGCAGCAAAAGCAGGCAGGUGGACAUGAACAGUAAAAACGUGUUUGGGCAGCCACGUUUGAGGGCGUCCCUAAGGGACCUCCGCUCGCCUAGGCGAUCCCAUAAGAGCACUAUAGAAGACGACCUGAAGAAACUCAUCAUCAUGGACAACCCUGCAGACCCCACCCCUCCCAGAGAGAAGAGUCAGCGGCGUAACCUGCAGCGCACCUUCUCCGACGAGAGCCUGUCGAGCAGCCGCAGAGGCCCCAGCUACCCCACCACGCCACUGUUUGACUGCCACCCCGCCUCCAGCGACCUCCUCUUCAGCUGCACUCUCCCCAGCCGACGGCACAACCACUCGCAACACAUGGCAGUUGUGGGCGGGAAGAAAGUGCCACUGUCAGCGUCUGAGGUGUCCCUCUCAGAGAUGAUGGAUAAGGUGCCUCCACUGCGGCGGCUGGACCCAGGGCUGAUGCCGUUGCCUGACACUGCCUGUGGCCUGGAGUGGUCAAGCCUUGUCAGUGCUGCUAAAGCAUACGAAGUCCAAAGGGCCGUGUCUCUGUUCUCUCUGUCGGAGCCAAACACUGGACUGCAAGACAGCCAACCAGCGGCCAGCCCUGUGCACUUCCACACGCCACAGACACCACGCACAACCCCCACCUUCAGCAGCCCCAGUGAUGAGGUGCAAGGUGACCUGUCUGGACGGUUAUACCAACUGGAGGUAAUGCUGAAGCAACUGAACAAUGACCUUGAGAAGGAGAAACAGGAUAAGGUGGCACUGCUGGCAGAGAUGGAUAACUUGCGGCAGAACAACCAACGUCUUCAACAAGAGUCCCACACCACCUCAGAACAGCUUCGCAAGUUCAGUCAGAUGUUCACAGACACUGACUCAGAUAGGAAGUGAAAGAACUUCAGGGGGAGAGAGUAUGUGUGUGGGCAGAAAAAACAAACAAACAAACAAACAAACAAAAACACAGGGACCGGUGAAUACAGCAAAAUGCUUAUAUUCCUCUCUCUCUGACAUUGCAUUCCAUCUAAACAGAUCCUAUGGACAUCUAUAGCCACCCCUUCACUAAGCAGCUUUAGACCCACCUAGCACUGCUUGAGCUAAACCCCCAGCACGGUUGCUGAAGGUAAAGCCCUAUUACUGGUUACUGGUUCCGGACCCCACUGUUCUGGCUGGCUACGUCCCGAAUCACAGUGAACACAUUCCUCUUGGAGCAGUGUCGCCCUGCUCCACCCAAACUGGAGUCAGUCUGCACUUGUUUCCCUUAAUUCUUUUAGUUGCCUUUGGAUGACUCUAGGAGUCUCUCUUUUUGUUGUCUUUACUUUGCUUACGUACUGUUUGAACUGUGUAACUCUCACUGAGAGAGGCCUAAUACUGUACCUGAAACCAUUCAGCCAAAAAAAAAAAGGAAUAAGGAAUGAAAUAAAAUGCAAAGUCAAUAUGAUGAGUCAUAGGAGAGACCGAGGUCUCUGUCUCGCACAAAGCUAUGGUACUGUAGAAUUCAAGUGUGCUGUGAUGCUCUGAGUCUUCACAGACAGUACAUGUAUGCCACAACCAUGCGAGUGUUCUGCAGUGGCGUGCACUUGGGGGAAGGGGGAUGUCUGCAACGCCCAAAGCCCUUCUCUUAUUGUCACAGAACCAGUGCCCCUUUUUUGUGGCCAAAAAACAAAACAAAAAACACUUCAAAUGCUAUGCAAAACCUAUGGAAUUCUAUGUGGGCAGGCACUGCAUGAAUUUCACAUGGGCAUCAUUUAGGAAAAAGGAGUACAUACCUAUUUAGCCCAUCAUCAUGGAUAUUAUUUAAGACAUUUGCAAAAAAAAAAAAAGUUACCAGAGGUGCCCGUGCAUACCUCUACACCUGUAAAAUUAUAUGCAAAACACAAUCAUGGCAAGAUGAGGAAUAGGCAAUGAUUACUAGUGCAAUUGUUAAAUAACCUUUGAAAUCUCAAUACAACUUCUUACAGGUUGGAUCAAUGAAGUUACAAAUGCUGAUUUCUGAAAUAUUAAUCAAAGAUAAUGUCAAUGCUACUUUACAUCAAUCUUCACUUGUACUUAUGUGACCUAGCUAGAGCUUGAACUAGUGUAUUGUGGGCAGUUCUACAGAAUGCAAAAUUAUUUCGGGGUUCAGAAAGGAGUAAGAGGGCCUGAACAAUACUUUUAUUAAUUGUUAGCUAUCAUGGGCCAUCUUGCCAAAGCUGUUUUUACUAGGCUGUUGUGCCAAUGUUUGAUGGGUUAUAUAGCUACUCCCCCCACACGGUGGCCUUUUGAGAUGCGUUGGGCCCCUGCCCUUAAGUCUGUGCACGCCCCUGGCAUAGUGCGUCGGUUUUUAUAGAUGCAGGUAACUGAGGCUUUCUGUGAUACCAUGUUGCACAAGUCCACUUUUUUCUGGAACCUUCCUACUGUUGAGUGAAGUAGGGUUUUUAUGUACAAUUUAAUAUCAGGGGGUUAGGAUCUAUUAUGUAACACUAACCAAACACAUCUCAACAGUCGUGCUUUUUUUUUACUCUUAAGUUGUUUUGCUACAAUUAAAACUAUGUCUUUUACGUUCUUGACGUAAUUAAAUCACUUACUGUUCAGCCUUUCAGUGGGGGGCAUGUUGUAAGAAUCUCAUUUCCCAAGCGAACUGGACUUGGUAGUGACUGGAACCUGCACUAUAUAUGAAACACUUAGUCCCCAUCCAUUCUCCAACAGCAUGCAGCACGCUAGCUGAAUGAACCACCCCUGGUGAUUCGAGCGAAUCGUUUCUGUCUGACCUCUGAAUGUUGCUGGAAAUGGAUGGAGCUACUUAAGUUUGUGUUAAGUGACUUCACUUUGCAUUACUAGUUUUUCAUUGUGCCCCACUGAGAAGGGUAGAUAUUCAGACACGAACUCAACCAUAGCCAGGCACUGCUUUCUCAGAGAUGACGCAAUCAUGCACACUUUGUAUCAGUUGUAUAGAAAUACUUUGGCAGCAACUGGACCACUCUUUUUAUACUGUGAUUUCGUCAAGGAUCCUUGCAACAAAAAUAAUGCCUACACUCUGUUUUGGCAGGACUUGCCCUUGUGUGUGCUGUGCUGUGAUUUAAGCCUGUGUGUGUAUGUGGAAUCAUGGCUGUUUUCACACUGUUUUCUCCAAAUCCCAACUUGACAGCUGCUGCUACCUAUAGAUAAAUUUCAUAGUGGAACUCAAAGAGAAAAAAACCCACAAAAAUAACCCUUAUUUACAAUAGAGAACAACUGUAAUGUACUCAGUUUUGUGUGUGUGUAUGUGGAUAGGGGCUUAAUUGUCUGUGAUCUUUUAUGAGGUAUUCUAGGUGAUGAGACUGGUUGAAAACCAAUAGCUAUUCUUAGAAGUGGUUUAGUGCCUGUUGUCAUACUCCCAUGGAACAGUGGAUGGCAGCAUUAUGCUUGGUUGGUGGAUGAUUAUUUUGACUAAACCCAUUCCUACAGGUACACAAACUGUUGUUGAGCCCGAGCAUCAUUCGUAAUGUAAACCAACUCAAAGCUUUCGCCCUUUUUCCCCUAAGGACCCUGCCUGAUAUUUAUAAUUAUUUAUUGAUUAUUUGUACAAGGGCACGUUUGUGCAGUCAUCUUGUUACCUGUGAUGACAAGGUGUUUUUUUUUUUUUUUUUUUUUUUUUUUUUUUUACUUUUGUUGAGAGUCAUUACAGACUCCAAACCUCCACUUUACUCUAGAUGCUGUUUUGUUAACUUUUCUGA